GGGACGUUAGGUGAGCCGGUCAACACGAGAAUGCCUUUUUCACCGUAUAUUCUAUUCCUUGGAAUAAAAAAAAGCAGAAGGAGGAGAUGACUACCGCUACUGUUUGCUCGCUUGAUAUUGCUGCUUCUUCUUCGACUCACACCAUCACGACUAGGAGCAGGCAGCAGGCAGCAAGCUGCUCAAAAAGCUCGAACCGUCAUUUGUCAAUCGUCCGGGAAACGAAAUUUGUUUGUAGUCGAUACGUUGUUUAUUCGUUGAACAGUCUAUCGAGAAUACAGACGUUUUUUAUUCUCUUUGCGGUAACGCUUUCGUUUAUUGAACGGUUUAUUGAACCUCGAUCAAAGCCAGAGAGAUAAUCCGUUAGAUAUCUCGAUAAUCGCGGAUGUUUACAAUUUGAAAAAACUUUCUUCACCCGACGAAUAAGGAAAAUCGGGAUGAACGGAUCUUGGAUUUUCAUCCUGGGAGUUUUGGGUUUAGCGACAACGAGUUGUUUGGGCUUCACCGUUCAGAGAUCGAAUCUAGAAUCAUUCGGUUCUCGCAAUUGGUCUCAACCGAUUUUCCACCUAAAUCAACGAAAUUCAGUCGAGAAGAUCUUCAACGAUGAUAUUGAAAAUAUUUUGCGAGACUCUGAGAUGCGACGUUUCGUCAAAGUACCAGAGAAAAAAUGUUCGGCUUCCUCGGAGAACCCGCAGCGUCUCAAACGAUCGCAUGAUCUUUCGAACGCUACGCAUCGUUCAGUAAUUGUUGAAAAAGUUGUAAAUGAGCUUAAAGACUCAACGAUCGAGCCGGUGGAUGUGGAACUCAAAACUUCGGGUUCGACAAGCGGGGCGUUAUCGAACGAGCUGAAAAAUUCGGGAUCUCCGAUUGGAAUGUCCGUAAAAGAGGCGCCAAUCCCAGAUUCAACUAUCGUUGCCUUGUCCGAGGAAACUAACACUUCGGAAAUAACCAGUGUGUCGUUGCCAAAAAAGAAAAAUCAUUCAACAUUGACUAUCGUACCAGCGCCCAAAGAAGUGAAAUCAUUCAAAGCACCGAUUGAAACUAUUCGCACUGAAUCGAAAACGAAACUGGAUUUACCCCUUGAAAAAAGCGUCGUUAGUCAGACGCCAAAGAAUGUCGUUCUCUUGCUCAUCGAUUAUUCCAGAGCGACACUAGAACAUUAUUUCAAAUUUACCGAAAUUGUUCGCAAGUUCGCCGUUCAUGGAUUCUUAUCGAAUUGUCCCAAGUCUUCUUUUGAGGAUCCCGUAUCUGCCCAUAAAUUCGAAGGGGUGUGCGAUUGUGAUUAUUCUCUCCGAGCUAACAUUCGAUCACUGUUAUAUUGGGCUCAACACAAGGAAAUGACGAUAGGUGCCGUCUCGAGUAUAAAUUUUUCGAUCCCUCUGCCUCUCGGUUACGAAAUCCCAUCGGUCCAAUUGGCUAAAGAGUUCGAGGAUAACGGGGAAACGAAGAAAUUUCAUCAAGAAAUACCGCGUUCAAAUUCCGAAUCGAACCAGGUCUGGCGAUUGAUCGAUAUUGAAAAACAAUCGAUUAGUGGCAAAGAAUCGUCACCUCCCCAUUCAGCGAAUCCAGGCAUUAGAACUUUGUCCAAACAUGAGCAGGGUCUCAAUGGAUUUGAUGGAAUGUCGAAUAUUCUUGACAUGCUCUCAAGAAUUAGAGUUGCAUUCUUUCGUAUAUUGCUCGAGAGCCUUGGCAACAUGACCGCGACAGAAGACGAGCUCAACGGAAAAAGAUCACUUCCGUUGGAGGCCAGUUUUGUUGAAAUAUUGACCGAUGCUAUUCGAGAAUUCAAAAUGAUGCGGAACAACAAUGGUUUUGUACUCGUUGCCGCAGCACCGCGAAAUGAAUGGUCCCAUGCGAUCGACGUUCUCCAGCACGAGAUAUUGACCAAAGAUACAUUGCUCGUGGUUUCCGGUAUUUGUUCUCCCACCAACGAUCGUACGCCUUUCUUCGCGCACGGUCCCGGUGAAAGAUUGUUCAAAGAUGCUCGUGUGAUUUCGGAUCUUCCUGAACUGGUUAAACGUGCAAUGACCGAUGGAUGUUUAGAAAAAAGUUGUAAGAAACAGCGUUUCGAUACACCAGUGGCUCUUUCCUCUCCGGAAUUGUCGUCUUCUCCUUACCAACUUCCACGCAAACGUGUUGGCAGAGAAUCGCGCAAAAAAAUCGCCGUGAAUGAGACCACGCCCACUAAUAUUACUUUAACGAAAAAGUCCGUCGAUAAGCAGGAAAGUGAUAUGGAAGUUAAACUUGAAAAUGGACAAGGAACAGGAGCUGCUGCCGAUAUUCGACUGGGCUUUGUAGCAAAAUUUUUAGGAAUUGCCAUGUCUCUUUUUACGAUGCUUGCGCUCGUUUCGCCCGAAAGUUGGAAGAUUCGACCACCUACUUUUGCAACGCUAAAAAACAUGCUGACUCACCGUCAUUUUUUUGCCCUCCUUUGAUCGUUGACCGACACACAACGAUUCGAGCUAAACAUUGCAUGCCUGCUUGUCUCUCUGCAAUC